AUGACGGUUUCGACGACCGUCGCAGAGUCGACGUCGACCGCCACGACCUCCCAUAACCCCACCCCGCCCGGCCUCGCCUUCGUCAACUUCCCCUCGCCCUUCGCCCAAAGCCUUAUAGAAGAAGCCCUCUCCUCCGUGCUCCCCGACAUCCGCAUCUCUUGCGAGCUAGGCCCGGUCACGCCCCGCCUCCAAUGGGCCGACUACGACCUCAUGUCGUUCGAUGAGGCGCGGCACGACCCGCGCUACCUCAUCUCCUCGUACAUCUACCGCAAAGCGCUGAUCCGGAAGCAUCUGCUGCACAACACCGCGACGGAGUACCUCGCAAAAUGCCGGCACCGGGGGGUGUCGAGCGCGCUGGCGCUGCCGCGCGGAUGGGUGCUCGACAUCCAGUUUGCGGACGAGCUCGACGAGGCGCUUAUGGACGACCUGUACGACCUGGCGGCGGCGAUGCGGGCGAACGAGACGCGCAAAGAGCGCGAGUGGUUCAUCCUCAAGCCGGGGUUUGCGGAUAAGGGGCAGGGGAUACGGUUGUUCUCGACGGCGGACGAGCUGCGCGCGAUCUUUGAGGAGUUUGAGCCGCCGUCGGACGACGAGGGCGAAGACGGUGAGGGCGGCGAGGACGGCGAGGAGGACGAGGUGCAUCAAGACGCGGGCGCCACGGCCGUUCUCACCCAGCAUCUCCGCCAGUUCGUCAUCCAGGAAUACAUGCCGCGCCCGAUGCUGUUUGACGUGACGCCCAGCGGGCUCGUAGGGCACAAAGUACACCUGCGCGCGCAUGUCCUCGUUACGGGCGCAUGGGAGGUAUACCUUUCGCACGCGCUGUUCGUGCUCUUCGCGGGCGUGCGAUACACGCCUCCGCGCAGCGACGACCUCGACCUCCGGCCGCACCUCACGAACGUGUGCAUCCAAACCGGACAGGCGCCGGGCCAAGUCCUCCAUUUCUGGGCGAUGGGCGGAGCGACGGCCCUCGCGCACACGCCCACGGGCUACGUGGCGACAGGUACGAUCGACGACGCGUGGCUCGAAGCGACGUUCGCGAAGACGGGCGCGGUCAUUGCCGAGGCGGUGCGCGCCGCCGCCGAGUGCGGCAGCUUCAACCUCCAGCUGAUGGAGAACGCGUUCGAGCUCUUCGGUGUCGACCUCCUCCUCUCACACCCGCACCCGCAUCCGCACCCGGACCUGGCAUGCGCGCGCGACGACGCCGCCCCGCCCGUCCCCGACGUCACGCUGCUCGAGUUCAACGCGAGCCCGGACGUCGUGAACAGCGGCGACGCGCUGCGGCCCAACCUCGUCGAGAUGUUCGAGGGCAUCGUGCGGAUCGGCGUUGUGCCGUUCUUCGGGCGCGGCGAGAACGCCAUGGCGCUGGGCGAAGACCGCUGGGGAUGGCGCAAAGUCGGCAAGGGCGAGGUGCGUGGCUGGGCGUAG